AUGGCAGAGGACGGCGCCGCCGCCGCCGGGGCAGUUAAAGCGGGAUCAGAGCGGAUCCUUUCUGCAGAGAGGGCGGAGGAGGCAGCCCUCUGUCUGGAAGCUCCUGGGUCCCCUGCGCCCUCGGAUGAAGGAGGGGAGCCAGGGGCCUGGCCUCCGGGGGAGCUCUGGGCUCUUCUCCUCUUGCAGCAGCCGGCGGCAUGGCCAGCUCCGAAGAGGAGCCCCGGGAGAGCGCUGUUGCUGCUGCUGCAGGAGCGACGACAGCACCACUUUCCCUUCCUCCUCCGUCGCAAUCUGGUAUUUGGGCCAAGGACCACUGUGACUACCUCCUGGAUUCGAUCGACGCUCAGCUCAGCCGGCUGCAGGCUCAAGGACCCACCAAGGGCAACAGCAGUAAUGGGGCGGCCUCCCUUGAUGGAUCGAUGGGUGUCUCCAAGGCAGAUGAUCUGGGCAGAAGCUCUGGGGAUGGGGAUGGAGAAGCCUCUCCAGUGGAAGAAGACUCGGCCUCUCAGAUGGAGGAAGGCACCAGGUGGCAGGCUCAUUGCCUUGACUUGGAAGGCAACCUGGAAAGCCAGAGCAGAUCGGACUCGGUCUGCACUGAAGACCUGGCGGCCACAUUUCAGGCUGGCCUAGUGGAUCUGCCGCUAAGCUCCGACAGUGAGGGAGAAGAAGAUGUAUUUGUUCUCACUGUUAUCCCCGGGGACAUCCUGCAGAGCCAAGCUGAGAGUACUAACCCUUCUCAAACUUUGGCAGACUCAGAAUCUGCCUUGGAUUCAGCAAGAAAUCGGACUAGGGCUCUGUCCCUUCAGGCUGUGUUAAGACCGGAAUGGGGUCAGGACUCCUUGGCUCCCUGUUCAGAAGAGCCUCCGUCCCCUUGCGCUCGAUGCAGAAUCUGGAGCCUGGAGUCUCUAGGAGAAAAGUUCUCCUUGCUUAGCCAGAAGGACUCCAAGAGGAGAAAGGGCCUUCAACCCCAGAGAAUCUUGAAUUUGGGAGAGCUGGGGGGCUCGAUCAGGAUCUCUGGGGAGAAGGCCUUCUGGGAACCAGGACAGAGGAGCAAAACAUUUGAGGUCUCUUCGGAGUGGGCUCAAGAUCUGCAUGAAAAUUCAAGCCGCCCGUUGCAUGUUGGUGAUUUGGACCCUUGGCCACCAUUGGAAGUGGAUGCCAAGCCUGUCAAGAUGCCUGGUGGUGUAGCCCCUACUAGGACAGUACAACCCUGUCCUCCUGAGAAGGGAGAAGCUGGCUUGGUAGAUCCUUCCUGUCUGUGUGCCCUCCCAGGCUCUCAUAGCAGGUGUGGGGCACCUUCUGGUGGUAACAACAACAAUAACAACAACAACAAUAGGAGGGGAGUAAUCCCACCAGAGUGGCAUCCUCCUUUGACAACCUGUAGGACCGGCAAGAUGCAGAGGGGAGCUUUGUCAAGGCUUAGAAGCACAAGAGGUGGAACCCACGGUCCUCUAGGUUUCCCCAGCCAUGGCUGCCUGGAGCCCUGCAAGAACUGCACCGAAGGCCAUGGGGAAGCUCUGAAACCAAUGGAGUCCAUCAAAGUGUCUUUCUCGCCUCGGAGGGACUUGCUAAGGUCCUUUGGGUCCAGGGACAAAGGUGCAGAGGAAGAGGAGGAGUUGGCCAGGCUGUGCCAUGGUGGCACCUGUGGAACCAGCCGUCUUGGGAAGCAGAGCCCGUGCCAAGCGGCCGAUCCCAUCUGGAAAGCAGCUUUGCUGGGACCCUACAGAGGCUGUGAGCUACGUCCAUCUCAGGAGUGCAGGGAUGGGCUACAGACCAAGGACCUGGCUUUAGAGUGGGAGGCCCUACAGGAUGCCCUUGAUGGAGGCCACAAGGAGGCCAGGAGACUGACGUUCCACCUGCAAGAGACUCAGAGCAAAGUUGAUGAAAUCAGGGCCGACCUGAUCUUCCUUGACUACAAGCGGGAGGCCAGCCUCCGAGAGCUGCUGGCGCUGGAGAAGGAGCUGAGUGCCUGGAGGCGACAGGGCAGCCAGGACAGGGCCAGCCAGGCCCAGGUGUCCCACUUGGCAGCUGAGCGGGAAGAGUUGAAGGCCCAGGUUGAGCAACUGGAGGAACGACUCUCGUCUCUGAAGCUUCAGCUGAAGAGCUCAAAAGCAGAGCUGGCCUCCGUGAAGGAAACGGCUGACAAGAUGAAGCAGCUGCAGGAGACAGCCUUGUCCGAGAAGGAGUCGGAACUGUCCCGACUGCGGAAGAUCAUCUCUGUCCUGGAGGCGGAAAAAGAGGCCCAGAGUUCUGCUGUGGAGAGACUGAGAGAGGAACAGACAUACCAGCUGGAGGCAUUACAACGAGAGGCCCAGCAGGAGAAGGAGAAAAAUCUGCUUUGGCUACGGGAGGAGCUGCAGCGUGAGAAGCGACAGGAGCUGCAGGAGGUGCAGACUGCCCUUCUUCAGGAACAAAAGAAGUGGGAAGCUGAUGCCCGGGCCGCUCUCCAAUUGCAGCGCCAGGCUUUGCAGAAGCAGAACCAGAGGGCACAAAUGGAUCUCCAAGCAGCUCUGGAGGGAGAGCAGAAGACCAGCCUGGCAUUGCAGGGAAAAAAUGCCAGCCUCCACAUGAGGAUUGAGAAGCUGGAGAGCCAAGUCCAGGCCCUCCAGAGAGAGAAGAAGGUAGCCAUGGAAGAGCUCCAGGAGCAGCUCCAGAAAGAGAAAGUGGAGGCCCUGAAGCGGCUGCAAGAGGAGCUGGAGCAGGAAAGGAUGCACAAAAGGGAUCAGACAAGAGUGAAAGUGCAACAGAUGGAAGAGGACCACAGGCUUCUGCAAGCUGAGCUGAGGGAGAGAGAAUCUCAGGCACACGACGGAUGGGCCCAAGAAGUCGCCUUAGCAUGCCAGCAGCUCCAGGACCUGCUUCCCAAGAAGGCUGGAGGGCCUGUCCCGGCCCAGAUGUUGCAUGGGAGUCCAGCUCUGCUCCCCUGCAGCCAUCUGCUCCAGGCCUUGCAAGGAGCGUGCCGAGAAAUCCAGCUCUACCUCCAGGACUUAAAGCAGGAGACCAAACUGCAAAGGCAGGACAUCCUUCAGCUCCGGAGGGAGAAGGAGUGCGAGUUGAGGCAGCAGCAGGAACGGCUUCACCGGGAGAACCAGUUGGCCCUCGAAGCUCUGAAGGGGCAGCUGGUCCAGGAGCACCUGGAGGAUAUCGCUGCCUUGCAACGCAGCUGGUUUCAGGAAGCCAGCGCCAAAGAGGACCGCAAAAGAGGACCGCCUCAAGCCUCGCGGGAGACUGACGGAAAACUGCAGGCCACGGAAAGGAGCGCGGCGCGCUGGAGGGAACAGUUGGCCUGCGAGUUCAAGGAGGAGCUCAAUGCCGAGCUGGAGAAACACCGGUCCAGGGAUAAAGCCAUGGAAUUUCUCAGAGACCAGGAGAUGCCAGAGUCCGAAAUCCAACCAUUCUCAAUGGGGAGUUACCCCCGGCCCCCUCCUUGUUGCUCCCGGUGGAUCAAUGCCACAGCCGCGUUUUCCAGCCCCCGUCAUUUCACCCCCCGAAAGCUGCUGCGUCGCUUGCAGAGUCGCAUCCAAGAGCUGCGGGCAGAGAAUGCGGCCUACGGUGGAGCCAGCCUGGACAACCUCGGCGGCUUCCGGGGAGAUCUGCCCGACACCUGUGGCACCAAGACAGUGGCUCCUUCCCUGGUCCCCGCGGAUCCAAGACGCAUCCAAGAACCCAGCUCUUCUUGCCGAUGGGACCUUGGUGCUCUGCACCCGUCUUCCUUUCUUUCAGAGGCAGCUGGCCGCGGGCUUCUCCUCCUCUCUGCCGCACAGGAGCAGCAACCGGAAGUAGAACCGCCUGGGACCCAGGGGUCAAACAGCAAGCAAGAGGGAAGCCAUGUUGUCAGUGCUUGAUGCAAGCUGGGAUCUGGGCUGGAAUGGGGAGGAAAGUGCCAAUGUUGCAGGCCUUGGAGGGUUCAUGAGACCCCCGAUUCCUCCCUGUAUUCAACAAUAUGGGUGGCAUUGGUAAAAAAAUGGGUGUUGUUGUUUUGGCAUUACAGCUUUCAAAUGCUUUCCUGUUUUUGACUCAAAACUAUGGGAGCCCCAUGUUUCAGAAACGGAUCUGUGAAGCCGGGAUUGAAACGUCUCCCCUGAUGUUUCAGAAGGUAGCCUUCAGUGAACAACAGAUGCAUAUGAAGAAAGUAACUUGAACAGGAUUGCUGCUGCUUUACUGCAUUCGGCUGAGCCUUUCCUCCCUCUUCUGUGUCACGUUUGUUUGAACCUAAAGCCAAUUGGGCGUGAAACAUGCCUUCCAGGAACAGUUUUCCAACUGUUUUACAAAAUCGUCGCCUUCAUCUGCAAUAAUGAUAGGACCAGUGUUUAAAAAGUUGUCGCUCUGAGAUAUAUAUAUAUAUAUUUACAAGGGAGCCUGGCGUGUGCCUCAGAAGUGCCUUGCGUGCAUCUUUGCAACUCACGAACAGGGCUAUGUUGCAUUUUUGCAAUGUGGCAGUGGAGUCACAAUGUUUACGACGCUUGGAUUGCAGUGUUGGUCCAAGCACAUGGCAAAGUGGGCACCUCUGCCUUCCCCCAGCCCUGGGCAACCUGUCUCUUGAAGCUGACCUUAACCUCCCAUUUAUUUCCUUUACGGAUACAUCUGUGUUGUGUUUCCUUUUUGCUGCCCCUUUCAGCUCUUGAGAAUGUGCUUUUGUGGUUGUUGUUUUUGUAUAUUAUUACGGGGUGGGGUUUUUUAGAAGGUAUUUUGUAUGCUGCGUUUUUUUGGAGCAGAGAAAUGUAGCUUUCCAUUGAACUUUCUUCAUAAAUAAAGCAAGGGCUGUGUGUCUGGGUCUGCUGUGCUGCAAACGUUUCUGGACUCUUAAGAAGUUGGUGUAUCCUGAACCGGCAAAGGCCCAAAGCUUGGACCCAGCGCCAGUCCUGACUGAAAGCAGGGGAGAGAGCCAGGGGAAUCAAUGCUGGGCAGGCCACCCUUAGGAAACCCAGCCGCUGGGGAAGAAGCGCCUUUCCCCGCAGCCCUUUGAGGAAGGCCCAGUCCCCCUCCUCCUUCUUCCUCUCCUCUGUCCAGCUGGAAGGCUUUCGAGCAGCACUGGCA